AUGGCCGGCCAAUUCGCUGCAAAGCGGCUUGGAAAGGAGCUGCAGAAGAUCCGCAACUCCUUGCCGCCCGGUAUCGAACUGGUUUCGGCGGAUAACUUUGAGGAAUGGCUCCUCGAUAUCCGAGUUCUGGAUGACAACCCGCUGUAUGCGAAUCAGACAUACCGCCUUAGGUUCCGUUUCGGCUCGACCUACCCCAUCGAACCGCCCGAGGUAGUGUUCGUCAAGUCAGCUGACCGUCCGAUUCCCAUCCAUCCACACAUCUAUUCGAAUGGUAUUAUCUGUCUUGAUCUGCUGGGCCACCAAGGCUGGAGCCCUGUACAGAAUGUCGAAAGCGUCUGCAUGAGCCUGCAGACUCCCCGUCUUCCAACGCCAACCUGGAUCCACAACCACCAAACACCGCAUGGAGGCCUCGUCAGCAUGGCUCCUCGUGCGGGGUUUGACGCGGAGCAGGUCAGAGACAAAGCGCGCAAAGACCUGCUCCAUCUCCUGGAGGGAGUUCGUGGCAAGAAGAACCUCGUGAUUGAGAAGGACCUGGCUGGUCCCCUUGGUGUCAUCGUCAAGGCUUCAACCCUCCGCGACUACGGCGUCGACAACUUCUUCUUCCUUGAAAACAAGAACACAGGCACCAGCCAGCGGAACAUCGUCUUCAUCGCCCGCGGCGAAUCCGUCCGCAAUGCUCAUGCCAUAGCAGCCCAGAUAAAGCGCAUCCAGCGCGAGAGCCAGACCUCUCACGAUUUCCACAUCUUUUGGGUUCCCCGUCGAACCCUGUUUUCUGACAAGGUCUUGGAGGAGGCCGGUGUCUUGGGUGAUGCCAAUAUCUCCGAGCUUCCCUUGUAUUUCUUCCCUUUGGAGAGAGAUGUCUUAUCUCUGGAGCUGAACGACUCCUUUCGGGACCUCUAUCUUGCCAAGGACCCGACUCCUGUCUUUCUGCUCUCCCGUGCUCUGAUGGGCAUCCAGAAGAAGCAUGGCUUAUUCCCACGUAUCAUCGGCAAAGGCGAGAAUGCCAAGCGAGUUGCCGAUCUUCUCUCGCGCAUGCGGCAGGAGCUCCUCGCCGGCGAGGAGGCUGGGGAGUCGGAUAGAGCGGGAUUGAGUCCCAGCACCACUAUUGAGAGCGUCAUCAUAAUCGACAGAGAAGUUGAUUUUGUGACGCCUCUUCUGACACAGCUGACCUAUGAGGGCCUAAUAGAUGAGUAUUUUGGGAUCCAAAAUAACCAGACCGAUGUUGAUGCCGUCAUUGUCGGGGCUCCCGCACAAUCAGCGGCGAGCACAUCGACCGCCGUGCCCACGAAUAGCUCGCAGUCUCGCAAGCGCAAAAUUCAGCUCGAUGGAUCUGACUCGUUGUAUUCCCAGUUGCGGGAUGCGAACUUCGCCAUUGUUGGUAGCCUGCUCAAUACCGUUGCCCGUCGUCUUAAGAGUGACUACGAAAGUAGGCACAACACCAAGACGACGGCCGAGCUCAAGGAGUUUGUGAAAAAGCUCCCUGGGUAUCAGGCGGAACAGCAGAGCUUGAAAAUACAUUCGAAUAUCGCCGAAGAAAUCAUCAAUUACACACGGACAGAGAUUUUCAACAAGCUGCUUGAAGUCCAGCAGAACCUGGCUGCAGGCGCAGAUCCGUCAUCACAAUUCGAUUCCAUUGAAGAGCUAGUUGCCCGCGACACUCCAUUACCACAAGUGCUCAGACUCCUGUGCCUUUACUCGUGCAUCUCUGGUGGUAUUAAGACAAAAGAGCUGGAUCACUUCCGGAGGCUUGUCCUUCAGGGAUAUGGCCACCAGCAUCUACUCACCCUCCACAACCUGGAACGACUCCAGAUGUUCCUGUCCAAAUCAUCCCCUCUUGCAUCGAUGAUAACCAUGAGCGGAUCGUCGGGGGGGCCGGAUCAGAAGACCAACUACACUUACUUGCGAAAGCAACUUCGGCUGAUUGUGGAUGAGGUAAACGAGCAAGACCCCAACGAUAUUGCAUACGUCUACAGCGGUUACGCCCCACUCUCGAUCCGACUCGUGCAGUGUGUCCUCCAAAAGCAAUAUUUGCUCUCAAUCACAAAGGGUAGCGGGACGGUAAUUGCGGCUGGGCCGGUCGCUGGCGGAGGGGCACAGGGCUGGAAAGGAUUUGAGGAGAUUGUCAAACAUGCCCGCGGCCCAACGUUCGAUGAGAUCCAGAAAGGAGAGGACAAGGCAGUUAAGGCGCGGGCAUUGCUGUCCGGCAGCAGUGGUGAUAAGAAAACUGUGUUUGUCGUGUUUGUGGGUGGAAUCACCUUCACGGAAAUCGCGGCGCUGCGAUUCAUUGCGAAGCAAGAAGAGGCUCGGAGGAAUAUCGUCAUCUGCACCACGUCGAUAAUAAACGGCAAUAGAAUGAUGAACGCAGCGAUUGAGACUGCAACGUUCGAGAAGACCACCGUUACAACGGCGGCAGCCCAAUAA